GCAACCUCUCUCUCUCCUUGCCACCAUGUCUGACGAUGAGCUUCAGCCUCAGAUCGAUGUUCGCCAGCUCACUUCCGAUGACGUUCACACCGUGAAGCUCCUCAUCAUGGCUAGAGGUCCAGGACCAAUCAAUCUGACUCUCAAGCUUUGCAACCACGAUAGACCUGGCCGCGAGGCUACAACCCCACUUGCACAAUUCAAUACGCUGCAACAAGGGUCGCAAGAUGACGGGAUUGGAGCCGCGAGCGGUGAGGUUCCACCUGGGGGCUGGCCCGUUGACUCGCAGGGUUUGCCUACGACGCAAGCGAUGUACGCGAUGGCCAGUCUCCCAUGGCCGCCAACGUCAGACACUCCAGACGCAGGCAACAAUGCACCCGACACUGCAGCCAUUCAAGUGGAUACUAUCGACGACUCCGCUACUGAGACGGACAGUCAAGCUCCCGGUGUGCUCCUGGUUGGUAACAUCAUCGCUGACCGACGUUGGUGUAACCACCUCAAGCACGAUGCUAGCAUUGCUGAGGGGACAAACGGCGAGGUGCAGGAAGGUCUGGGAGGGCCGGGAAUAGUGGUUGACGCAGUGGUGCCAAUGAGGCGUCAGGAGGACUGGCCGCCGUCGCCUGCGCCAGCUGUGCGGGAUCUCAUUGACAAUGAUCUACCGGCUCCUUGGCACACUCCCCGCGCAGUCCGCGUCGCUAAUGCAAACAUCCUUGCUCGCGACGUAACACCGCCGCCCGCCGAAGUACCUGACCCUCGGACCCCAAGUAAGGUCUCAGGGCAAUAUGGUACCGAAGCAUGGGGAGCCUCUUCGUGGCACAAAUACGCGAACGGCGCCGAGAGGUUUCCGCAGCGUGGGCUAGAAUAAUCCCCUCAGACUCACUGGGCUUGCCCGAGCACUCUGACAAGAGCUUGACGUGCAUGGAGCGACACGGAGUUCCUACUCGAUCGUAUUCCAAUGUUUCUUCUAUCUUCCCGCGUGCUGCUAUUGCUACACAUGUACAGAAUGGGAUAAUAUACAUGUUUGACUGCUA